CUUGGCUACAUUUCUCUCUCUCUCUCUCUCUCUCUCUCUCUCUCUCUGACCGGGCGGCACCCAUCAAGUUUUUAAAACAACAAGAGGUGUUAUGUCACGUCUUUUGGGGUCCGGUGAUCGGUAGCUCCCUCCACAGCGACCAUCCAGAGCAGAGGACCGCUGAAAAACACAGCGUCUACCCGGACAAAUCAUGGCGAACAGUGGGCAGAAAGUUGUGCUGAUCACUGGCUGUUCCUCGGGCAUCGGGUUACGAAUUGCCGUCACGCUGGCCAAUGAUGAAAAGAAGCGUUACCAUGUCAUCGCCACCAUGCGGGACCUGAAAAAGAAGGACAAGCUCGUGGAGGCAGCUGGAGAUGCAUAUGGGAAGACCUUGAUGUUGCUUACAUUAGACGUGUGUAGUGAUGAGUCCGUCAGGCAGUGCAUCAACAAUGUUAAGGACCGCCAUAUUGAUAUUCUGAUCAACAAUGCAGGUGUGGGCUUGCUUGGACCCGUGGAGAGUAUCAGCAUCGAGGAGAUGAAAAGAGUGUUUGACACCAACUUCUUUGGUGUAGUUCGAAUGAUCAAAGAAGUGAUGCCUGACAUGAAGAAGAGACGUUCGGGACACAUUGUGGUCAUGAGCAGUGUUAUGGGUCUCCAGGGAGUGGUGUUCAAUGAUGUUUACACUGCCUCUAAAUUCGCAAUGGAGGGAUUCUGUGAGAGUAUGGCUGUGCAACUGAUGAAGUUCAAUAUCCGGUUGUCCAUGAUUGAGCCUGGCCCUGUGCACACCGAAUUUGAAACAAAGAUGAUGGAGGAAGUGGCUAAGAUGGAGUAUCCAGGAGUAGAUGCAGACACAGUUCGAUAUUUUAAAGAUGUUUACUUGCCAUCAUCCGUAGAUAUAUUUGAAGCCAUGGGCCAGACGCCAGAGGACAUAGCUAAAUGCACUAAGAAGGUUAUUGAGUCAGACAGCCCUCGCUUCAGGAAUCUGACCAACAGCCUCUACACACCCAUCGUGGCCUUAAAAUAUGCAGAUGAGACUGGUGGCUUGUCUGUUAACACCUUCUACAAUCUACUCUUCAACUUUGGGCCUCUUAUGCACAUCACCAUGAGCAUCCUGAAGUGCCUGACAUGCAGCUGUCUGCGCCGACGCACCAUCUCUCCCAACUGAAGCCAGCGUUCAAUCCUUUCCUUAAACAUAACCUCCCAGUCCCUCAGUCAUUCCCUGAGGUUCACUGCUGAGCAGAUAGACUAGAACCUGUAACCUGGAGAGAAGAGGUGCCUUUUAGUUCAAAGACACUGCCAUGAUAAGCUUUGUCAGACAACAUGCACAAUUGCACAAGUUUUUGUUCACAGAGAUGUUAUGCGCAGGGUGAUUCAUGUACUGACAGAGAAGCAUACAUGCUCUAAUACACCAACACUGACAAUGGAUUAUUGUACACACAGUACGUUUAAGAAAAGAAGCCCUUGCCCUACUUUACCUUUACCUUUUUUUGCAACACAAAAGGAGCUGAGAGGAAGAAAACUCAAAACAUGAGCUACAAGAAGCACAAAACUGGAAUUAACUAAUACGAGAAACAAUGAAAAUUGUAGAAGUAGCUAUACAAUAACUUGUAGCUUAUAGUUCCAAACUCAGGCUAACCAGAUUUAUGACAAAAAACAUGACAGAGUCAGAAUAUAUAUAAAUCAGCUUUUUCUGUACUGUGCCCUUAAUUUCAUGUUUGCCUUAAUUGUAGUGUUCUCAUGGUCGUAACUGCUGUUUAAUCAUGUUUUUAAUCUCUUGAUGAGUGGAACAUUUUUGGUUUUUAAGGUUUGAGAACGGGCAGGUCAGAUAUUUUCAACAAUGAUAUUUGAUUAAAAAUAAAUUCAGUUUUGAUUUAC